CAACACUGUUGUAAAUUCAGUAUCGUAGGUUGUUUGAGAACUGCGAGAAUUUGCAAAGGAGUUCUCUGUGUGUUAACGAGUUCUUCGGUCUGUUUUCUUUCACAGCCAUCAUGAAGAUCAACCCGUUUGUCACCAGUUCCCGCCGGAAGAACCGAAAGCGAUAUUAUAAUGCGCCUUCCCACGUCCGCCGCAAGCUGAUGUCGGCCCCGUUAUCCAAAGACCAGCGAACCAAGCACGGCGUUCGCGCGCUGCCAAUUCGCAAGGAUGACGAAGUUCAGAUUGUCCGCGGCCACUACAAGGGCCAGCAAGUGGGCAAAGUCAUUGCGGUCUACAGAAAGAAGUUUGUUAUCCAUAUUGAAAGGAUUACCCGAGAGAAAGCCAACGGUGCUACUGUCCCUGUUGGCAUUCAUCCUUCCAAUGUCGUCAUUGUUAAACCGAAAUUGGAUAAUGAUCGUAAGCGGUCCAUUGAACGCCGAGCGAAAGCCAGGCGGGAAAAGAAGGAAGGACUCAAAGGAAAGUACACCGAAGAAGUCGAGACCACACAAGCGGAAAAGAGUUCGUAGAUUCUGCGUUCUUGUUUACUUUUUAUCGUCUUGGAGAAAAUGUAACCAUAUUAAAUAUCCGUGCUGA